CUGGUACUUCAUAAGGCUGGAAAUUAUCUCUGUAUCAUUUUUUCUUGAGAUUUUUUCUUGUGUUGUGUUCUAUUCAUCAUCGCUAUAUACCCAAUUUCUAUACAGUACUUCAUAUUUCUUCGAGUAAUAUACCCCCUCACAAAUUCCCAAGAUGGAUUCCAAAGCUCCAGGUCAACAGCAGCCAAUGCAAUACACGGAGAAGACAGUCACCGCUGGAGGUCAAGAGUGGAACAAUGGUCUCUUCGACUGCUUCUCCGGGGCAGACAACCUCUGCCUAAAAGCAACCUUCUGCCCCUGCUUCGUCUACGGCAAAACCCAACACCGCAUCCGCGACCCCUCCCUCGCCGGCUACGAGCGCUUCAACCAAGACUGCCUCAUGUGGUGCGGCGUGCAAUCCUGCUGCGGCCUCGGCUGGAUCUUCAACUGGAUGGCCCGAACGGAACUCCGCAACAAAUUCGGCAUCAACGGCGGCGGCUGCGGGGAUUGCAUGACGGCGUGGUGUUGUACGUGCUGCUCGAUUAUCCAGAAUGAGAAGGAGGUUAUUGGGAGGCAGAGUGGGGCCGCGGCGGGUGGGUAUGUGCAGCAGGCGGGUAUGGUGGCUCAACCGCAGCAGUAUUAGGGUGGUGAGGCAUGGGAUGGAAUGGGAUGGGAUAGGAGGGGAGCGUGAUAGAUACCAUUGUAUGUUUGUUUGUUCGAGCGUGUUGGGUUUAAUAUGAGUUUUGAUUUGGAGGAACUAUUAAAUGGACUUAAUGUUCCGCACAUCUCCCAACUCUGAACAAGCGUAGGUACCUGAUAACAAA